GUGAACUGAAGCUGAGUCAAAUGAAACUACAACAAAUAGCCAUAUUCAAAACUAUGAAGCAGAGGUUGUGUAUUAUCCUGAGCAAUGGCCCCCUUUUUACGGAUAUCUUUCAACUCGUUUGAGCUGGGACCUGUGCAGAAUCAAGGAGAGCAACUACAGCCUUUCUGUGCUAUCAAGAUGAAGGAAGCUCUGACUACAGAGAGAGGAAAAACUUUAGUUCAGAAGAAACCCACCAUGUAUCCUGAAUGGAAAUCGACUUUUGAUGCCCACAUUUACGAGGGCCGGGUGAUCCAGAUAGUGCUGAUGAAAGCAGCAGAGGAGCCACUGUCUGAAGUGACUGUGGGGGUGUCUGUGCUGGCAGAACGGUGCAAGAAAGGCAAUGGCAAAGCAGAGUUCUGGCUUGACCUUCAGCCUCAGGGGAAGGUGCUGAUGGCUGUGCAGUAUUUUUUGGAAGAUGCAGACUGCAGACAGUCGAUGAAGGAAGAGGAGGGGACAGUAACUAUCAACAGGAGAGGAGCUAUCAAGCAAGCCAAAAUCCACUACAUCAAAAAUCAUGAAUUUAUCGCCACCUUCUUUGGACAACCUACAUUUUGCUCUGUCUGCAGAGACUUUGUAUGGGGACUCAACAAGCAGGGAUACAAAUGUAGACAAUGCAAUGCUGCUAUUCAUAAGAAAUGCAUUGAUAAAAUCAUCGGGAGGUGUACUGGUACUGCAGCCAACAGCAGGGAUACAAUGUUCCAGAAGGAGAGGUUCAACAUCGACAUGCCCCACCGCUUCCGAGUCUACAACUACAUGAGCCCCACCUUCUGUGACCACUGUGGCAGCCUGCUCUGGGGGCUGGUCAAGCAAGGGCUCAAGUGUGAAGAAUGUGGGAUGAAUGUGCAUCAUAAAUGCCAGAAGAAGGUGGCAAACUUAUGUGGAAUAAACCAGAAGUUGCUAGCUGAAGCUUUAAAUCAAGUUAGCCAGAAAUCUACACGAAGGUCUGAUUCUGGAUCUGUAGAAAGUGUUGGUAUUUAUCAAGAUUUUGAUAAGAAACAUAAAGCUCCAGGAGGAGACACAACAGACAACAGCGAGUACGAUAAGCUCUGGGAGGUAAACACAACCAAGCCAGUGCCGAGAGCUGCGAGGAGAAAAUUCAACAUAGACAGCUUUGUCUUCCACAAAGUGCUGGGGAAAGGCAGCUUUGGCAAGGUUCUGCUUGCUGAGCUGAAAGGGAAGAAUGAAUUCUUUGCUAUCAAAGCUCUGAAAAAGGACGUGGUGUUAAUUGAUGAUGACGUGGAAUGUACCAUGGUGGAAAAGAGGGUUCUCGCUCUUGCCUGGGAAAAUCCAUUUCUCACACAUCUUUACUGCACAUUUCAGACAAAGGAUCAUUUGUUCUUCGUUAUGGAGUUCCUGAAUGGGGGAGACCUGAUGUUCCACAUCCAAGACAAGGGGCGUUUCGACCUCUACAGAGCAACGUUUUACGGAGCUGAAAUUUUAUGUGGGCUUCAGUUUCUUCACAGCAAAGGCAUUAUUUAUAGAGACCUAAAACUGGACAAUGUGAUGCUUGAUAAAGAAGGCCACAUCAAAAUAGCUGAUUUUGGAAUGUGCAAAGAAAACGUUGUUGGUGACAACAAGGCGAGCACCUUCUGUGGGACCCCCGACUACAUCGCUCCCGAGAUCCUGCAGGGUUUGCGCUACACGUUCUCUGUGGACUGGUGGUCGUUUGGGGUGCUGCUGUAUGAAAUGCUGAUUGGCCAGUCCCCUUUCCAUGGGGAUGAUGAAGAUGAACUGUUUGAGUCGAUCCGAGUGGACACCCCUCACUACCCACGCUGGAUUACCAAGGAAUCAAAGGAUAUAUUAGAAAAGCUCUUUGAAAGGGAUCCAGCAAAACGACUUGGGGUCACUGGGAAUAUCAGAGACCAUCCUUUCUUCAAAACAAUUAACUGGACAGCGCUAGAGAAGAGGGAGGUGGACCCUCCCUUCAGGCCAAAAGUGAAAUCAGCAAGUGACUACAACAACUUUGACAGAGAAUUUCUGAGUGAGAAGCCAAAACUGUCUUACAGCGACAAAAACCUGAUUGAGUCCAUGGAUCAGUCUGCAUUUGAUGGAUUUUCUUUUAUUAACCCCAAAUUUGAACAGAUCUUGAAGAAAUAAGUCUCUGGCCAGCUGGACUUUAAUGAAGGGUUACACUUUACAAACCCAGACUCCCAAGCGUUAAUGCAUCCCAACAACGUCGAUACUUCAGAAUUAUACACGGUAGUGUGAUGAAUUGUGUUCAACUCCUGAUUUAUUGGCAGUGUUUCUAUGCAUGGUUGGGUUUAAGGUAUGUGAAUCAUGUGCAUUAUUUUCUCUGUUUGGGAAAAUGUAAAUUCUGUUUGGUACUUGAAUGUAGUUAUAUAUAUGUGUGUGUGCUGUAUAUUUUGCUCAAGAGAAGACAUUGGGGAACAGAAGAUGUCUUUUUAAAAUGUAUUUGAGCCCUUUGGUUCUUUUAUUUAAUGUAACUUUCAUUCAUGGCUCUAUGAUUUUUAACUAUAUACAAUUUAACUCAAGUUGUCUUUAAACUACAGUAAAAAAUAAUGCUUGGUCAGCCCUGAUCACUUUCUUAAAAUAUUUGUUGUUUUUGUGAAUUAAACAAAAGGAAGUGUCAGGCAAAAGCAGAGAUUCCUUGUGUGACAGCAGCUGCUGUGGGAAACUGCUCAGGGGUGCUUUUGCUGAAAAAAUGCUGUGUAUUUAUUCCAAGGCAGUCCAAGCAUGAGACAAAGAGGCCUCAGCAUCCCAGAGCAGCUUGAUCCUGCCUGGGAAUGUGGGGUUCUGCCACUAAAUGCCACUUCCUGCUCACAGCCACAACAAUCACAGCAGGACAGAGCCCAGGUCAUGACUGCAGAGUUACUUGUCUGCUCUUCCUGAGGAAUUAUUCUGUUUAACUGCCAAACACAAAAUCCUCCUUCCAGUUUUAUUUGCUUGUUUGUAACACAGCAGCUGUGUUCCUCCUGAUUGCUGUUAGGACACAAAACCUGAUCUUGCUUUCUUGCAACACCUACUUCUGAAUUUUGAUUUUUAGCCAUUAGUGAUAAAGAAAAACUAAUGUAAUUGCUGCAAAGCUCCUUCCCAAACCUUCACCUUGCAGUCAGCUCAUAAAAUUCAGGCUGAAGCAAGGUUUUCUGUAUCUUGUUACACUCUGCAAAAAAUUACAAAUUAUUUGAUUUUCUCAACACUGAGGAGGCAGAAAAAAUGUACAACUGUCAGUUCACCCAAGAAUUAUGGAAUGCUACAGAACUCUUAGGAGCACCCUGGAGGUUCUGGGUAGUUUCAGACUGUUAAUCCUGCUGCAAGAGCAGCAGAAAGCUGUAAUACUUUGUAGAGACUCUAAACAAAAUAGACUGCUAGGACCCCAGGGCCACCUGUGAGCACCACCUGGGCUCACUCACCCAUCAGCUCUGGAUCAUCCUCAUACUACAGGAAGUUUCAGCUAUUACAGGAUUUUGGUCAGAAAGCAGCCUAAGAACUCUAAAACAAACAAAGAAGUUACCUGUUCCCCAAACAGAAAUACACAGUAGAAUUAAAAAAUAAUGAAAACACUCCUCACCUAGCAGAGAAGAAACAAGUGGUUACCACCUCAGGGGCUGCAAUCAGCAAGACAUGAAAAUGUGAGUCCAUAAUUCUAAAAGCACAAAGCAGUAAUUAAUUUUGUCCUUGUCAUUCUGAAGGAUAAGUACCCCUGCAAAUUUAAUGCCCUCCACCUCCCCUCUGCAUACAAACUUGUACUGACAGGCAGCAUUUGGCUGUUGGUUUUCAGCUUUUCCAAACACCAGCAGCAUGUUCAAGAAAAUGUAAGAACAAUGUAGUUCUGAGAGGGUGGAGCAGAUCUUAAUCCCAGUGACCAGGUAAAGCUAAUAAAGUCUUACCUUUCUCCUCCA